GUAAGUGAAUGGUGUUUUACACAUUUUAAAAAUGUUUUGCUGUGCGUAAAUCUGAAAAUGUGGAAGACUAAAGAAGACAUUGACUUAGUUUUACUAUCCAUCGAGAAUGAUCUCCGGGAGCAGGUGGCGGAGAUGCGGCGGCUGAUGCCGACCUUCCAGCCGAAGCUGGCGAUAGUCCAGGUCGGGGGUCGGGAGGACUCCAACGUUUACAUCCGCAUGAAGCACCGGGCAGCCGAGAACAUCGGCAUAGCGAUCGACCACGUCAAGCUGCCCAGAGACUGCACGCAGACUGAGCUUCUGGCUCGUCUGAACGAGCUGAAUUCCUCUCCACUGGUGCACGGCAUCAUCGUCCAGAUGCCGCUGGACUCCGAGCACCCCAUCGACGCCCACCUCAUCACAGACUCCGUCUCUCCGCACAAGGACGUUGACGGGUUGAACACGGAGAACGAGGGUCGCGCAGCCCUGGGCGACAUGAGCGGGUUCGUGCCGUGCACGCCGGCCGGCUGCAUCGAGCUGAUCAAGCGGACCGGCGUGACGAUCGCCGGCAAGCGCGCCGUCGUGCUCGGCCGAAGCCGCAUCGUCGGCACGCCAGUGGCUGAGCUGCUCAAGUGGGAGAACGCCACUGUUACCGUCUGCCACUCCAGGACCGUGGACUUGAGUGAAGUGACGAAAACAGCUGAUAUUCUGGUGGUUGCUAUCGGCAAACCGGAGCUGGUCCGCGGUUCCUGGAUCAAGCCCGGAGCGGUCGUCAUCGACUGUGGCAUCAAUCCCAUUCCAGACGCGACGAAGAAGACCGGUCAGCGGUUAGUGGGCGACGUGGCGUACAGCGAGGCGGCGAGCGUGGCGAGUCACGUGACGCCGGUGCCGGGCGGCGUGGGCCCGAUGACGGUGGCGAUGCUGAUGCGCAACACCGUGCUCGCCGCACGCCGCCAGCUCGACGUGCUCGCCGCACCCGCGUGGCCGCUCACCCCGCUGCGACUCAACCCCCGCACGCCAGUGCCUAGUGACAUCGUGAUCGCUCGGUCCCAGAAGCCCAGGGACAUCAGUCAGCUGGCGUCCGAGAUCGGACUGUUCCCGAGCGAGGUGACUCCGUACGGGACCACCAAGGCCAAGGUCGCGCUGUCUGUCCUGGACCGUCUCGCGGGGCAAGCCGACGCGAAGUACAUCGUGGUUGCCGGAAUGACUCCGACGCCGCUGGGCGAGGGUAAGAGCACGACGCUGCUGGGGCUGGUGCAGGCGCUGAGCGCGCACCGCGGCCGCAACGCCAUUGCCGUCAUGCGCCAGCCCAGCCAGGGACCCACCUUCGGCGUUAAGGGCGGCGCCGCGGGAGGCGGCUACUCUCAGGUGAUACCAAUGGAAGACCUCAACCUCCACCUCACAGGCGACAUCCACGCGGUGACCGCCGCCAACAACCUGCUGGCCGCGCAGAUGGACGCGCGCAUCUUCCACGAGCUCACGCAGAAGGACGGCCCGCUGUACGACAGACUCGUGCCCCGGAUCAAGGGGGUGAGGAAGUUCUCCCCCAUCCAGCUGCGGAGACUCAGGAGGCUGGGCAUCGACAAGACUGACCCGGACUCUCUUACACCAGAGGAGAGGACCAAGUUCGCGAGACUGGACAUCGACCCGAAGAAAGUUAUGUGGAACAGAGUGGUGGACCUGAACGACCGAUACCUACGGAAGGUGACGAUCGGUCAGUCGCCCACCGAGAAGAGAUUCACACGUGAGACGAGUUUCGACAUCUCGGUGGCGUCGGAGAUCAUGGCGGUGCUGGCUCUGGGCAAGGACUUGGAGGACGUGAAGCACAGGCUCGCCAGCAUGGUUGUGGCGCUCGACAAGCGCGGGAACCCCGUCACCGCUGACGACCUGGGUAUAACGGGGGCGCUGCUAGUGCUGCUGCGGGAGGCCGUGGAGCCGACCCUGAUGCAGACCCUGGAGGGCACGCCGGUGCUCAUCCACACGGGGCCCUUCGCCAACAUCGCGCACGGCUGCUCCUCCAUCAUCGCCGACAAGAUCGCCAUGAAACUCGCCAAGAACACCGGAUAUGUUGCCACGGAAGCCGGAUUCGGAUCUGAUAUUGGUAUGGAGAAGUUCUUCGACAUUAAGUGCCGCGCGAGCGGGGACAAGCCUCACUGCGCCGUCAUCGUGAGCACCGUGCGCGCGCUCAAGAUGCACGGCGGCGGCCCGCCCGUCACCGCCGGACAGCCGCUCAGCGACGUAUACGUCCAGGAGAACUUGGAGCUCCUGAGUAAGGGCUUGUGCAACUUGGGCAAACACAUCAGCAACGGCAACAAGUUCGGCGUGCCGGUAGUCGUUGCGGUCAACAGACAUGGUAACGACUCCGAGGCUGAGCUCAACAUGGUGCGAGAUUACGCGGAGAAGAGCGGCGCGUUCAGAGCGGUGAUCUGCGACCACUGGGCCAAGGGCGGCGCGGGGGCCCUCGGGCUGGCCGACGCCGUCAUCGAGGCCUGCGACGCCAAGUCCGACUUCCGCUUCCUGUACCCCCUGGACCUGCCCCUCCCGGACAAGAUCACCACCAUCGCCCGGGAGAUGUACGGCGCGGGCACGGUCGAGUACACCGACGACGUGUUGGACAAGAUGAAAUCGUACGCCGAGAAGGGCUACGACAAGCUGCCGGUGUGCAUGGCGAAGACGUCGAACUCGCUGACGGGCGACCCGGCGGUGAAGGGCGCGCCCACGGGCUUCACGCUGCGCGUCAACGACAUGUUCGUGUCGGUGGGCGCCGGCUUCGUCGUGCCCAUGGUGGGCGAAAUCUCCAAGAUGCCCGGCCUGCCCACCCGCCCUAACAUAUACGAUAUAGACCUGGACACCGCUACCGGCGAGAUCCAGGGGCUCUUCUAAUUUUGGACCGAUGCCCGGUUUGAUGAGGUUUUGCCUAGCGCUUUUGAUUGGCUAACGUCAUUAACCGACCGACGACGCCUUUGAAAAAAGUCCACCUCCUGUCGAUAAACCUCAGAAAGUGGAAAUUAUCGUUACCGCGUUGUUCAAUUGAUUUGUUUUUAUACGUUAAUAAAUUGUUACUACUAUCA